UUUCCUGCUCCUUGCAUUAUGAUGGAUUGUUUUGUUCUUGGCAAUACCAGCUGUCUUUUGUGUUGAUAGAGAAUGGGAGCAGAAGAAGUUCCGAGUGUUCCUUUCAGCUCAAAUGCAAUGGACAACGCUGAUUAUAGCGACACAGAAUUGGUGCAUGCUGUUAGAAAGGCCCUUGCAUCUGUCCAAAAUGGGGAUACCGACGAUUAUAGUCAGCUUAAAACAGUGAUGUGCUAUAAAGACUAUUCUGAUUUCGAUGCAGUGGCACAGCUUGAGACAGUCUUGAGAAUUCUAUCAGUUUCUGUUGCUUGCAUAGAUGGAGUUCACCAUGAAGAUCUUCUUAGAACUAUUUUUGGGAUGAGCUUGUGGUUUCAAGAGCCUAAUGUCAUGGAUGCAUCGGUGGACCUAAUCAUAUCACUGGCCGCUACUAGUGGAAAAUACCUGGAUCGUUGUUUGAAUAUGCUCAUAAGUAAUUUCAAACAACCUACUUUUAAGCAUGAAGUUUCACAAAGCCAGUUAGUCAAAAAGAAGCAGGAAGUUCUUCCACGGGUGCAUGUAGCCCUUCACAAGAUUUCUUAUUUAAUUCCUCUUGCUCCCUCGAAAUUAGUGCCUAUACUUGUGCAGAACAUGCCUAAUAUUGACAAGAAGGACCCUUCUAUAGUGACAUAUGUGGAUAACCUGUUGAAGUUGGAGAACAGCUCAAUCGGAAAAGUUAUUGGCAGUGUGAUUCUCAUGAUGGUGAUGGCGAGGAUGCGAGAUUGGGAUUUGGAAAUUGGAUGCGAUGAUAUUCUCCAAGAUGACUCUAAUAGAGGCAUGUUUUAUAUGGAACUUGAAGAUGCAGUUGAAAGCACUAUGAAUGAAGGAGACGAGUUUCCAGUGCGGGAUCUAAAACAAAAUACUUCAGGUGGAAAUGUAGUCUCUGAGCUGUUGGACAAAUUGAUGGUCCUAUUUUUUGAUCAUCUUGAAUUCUGUCAAAACUCUGGUCGUUUGGAUGAGGUAUUUGAAAUCCUCUUUCAGUCGUUUGAGAACUAUAUUCUGAACACGUACAAAACAAAAUUUUCACAGUUUCUGAUGUUCUAUGCGUGCUCGCUAGAUCCUGAAUAUUGUGGUGUGAGAUUUGCCAGUAAGCUGUUGGACAUAUAUCUCUCCAGAAACAAACCUCGACUUACUAGGAUGAGUGCAGUGGCUUAUCUAGCUAGCUACUUGUCUCGUGGAAAGUUUGUGCCUGCUUCUUUUGUGGCUAGCAUGUUGAAAAGAUUGGUGGACGAUUGUGCGGAAUAUUGCAGAACAUGCAACGAUGAUGUGAAGCCAGAAGCACAUCAAGUGUUCUAUUCUGGAUGUCAGGCAAUCUUGUAUUUGCUAUGCUUCCAGAUGAGAUCCAUACUGGACAUUCCUCGCUUUCAAUCGCAGCUUACAUCAUUGGAGUCAAUUUUAUCUUACAAACUAAACCCACUGAUGGUAUGCCUCCCAUCUGUAGUUUCCGAGUUCCUUAAACAAGCCAAAGCUGGUGGUCUAUUCAUUGUCUCAGAAUCCUUCAUUUUCGAUGACCUACACGAGUCUGAGCUCUCUCGUGCUUUUGGUGGCUUUGAAAGGCUUGACACAUUCUUCCCGUUUGACCCGUGCUUGUUGAAAAUGUCUAGCAGCUAUAUCUCCCCGUACUUCAACUUCUGGUUAAUGGAGAAAACGACUUAUGAGGAAGAUGAUGACGAUGAGCUUUGUGAUGAGGUCAUAGUGAAUGGAGAUGCAGAGUGUGAGGAGGACGAUGACGAUGACGUUGAACUUGAUAGCGAGAUGAACAUGUCUGUAACUCCAAAACACUCUUUCAUGCGAGAAACAGAGAGGCUCUUGAAGAUGCCUUCAAGAAUCAGACCAUCCACUAGUCCUCCUGAAUCCUUCUUAAUCUAAUAGAGAGAGAGGGAAUGCAAUUUUGCUAAUUAGGUUUCUUAGUACAAUCUCUUAGCAAGUGUGUCAUGUCAAAGAAGUUGGAUAAUUAUGAAACAUGAGUGGUUUUGUAGCAAAAUUUUGAAGAACAUCUAUGAAGUAAAAUUUAGUCAGUUGG